CAAGAGAAAUCUUCACUCCUCACUCCUCACUCCUCAAUCCUCUCUCUCUCUCUCUCUGAGAGCAACAAUGGCAGGAGCAAAACUCUCUCGCCUCGUUGCUGUUCUCCAUUUUCUUAUUCUUCUCAUGGUUCAAGGUUUUAGUAACCCAGAUUUCGACGCCCUUGUGGCCUUCAAAACCGCCUCAGACACUUCCCAAAAGCUCACAGCAUGGAACCUUAACAGCACCACCAACAACAACCCAUGUUCCUGGAGCGGCGUGUCGUGCAUUCGCGAUCGAGUCUCCCGACUCGUUCUCGAAAACCUUGACCUCGAAGGUUCCAUUCAUCCCUUAACCUCUCUGACUCAGCUCCGAGUUCUGAGUCUCAAAGGAAACCGUUUCUCCGGUCCCCUUCCCAACCUCUCCAACCUCACUGCUCUAAAACUCCUCUUCUUAUCACGCAAUUCCUUCUCCGGCGAGUUUCCGGCGACCGUCACGUCGCUCUUCCGCCUCUACCGUCUUGAUCUUUCCAACAACAACUUCUCCGGCGAGAUUCCUGCGAAGGUCGGCCACUUGACCCACCUUUUCACUCUCCGUCUCGACGGUAACAAGUUCUCCGGCCACAUUCCCGACUUGAACCUCCCCGAACUCCAAGAGUUCAACGUCUCCAGCAACCGCUUCUCCGGCGAGAUACCCAAGUCCUUGUCAAAAUUCCCCGAACCCUCGUUCGGGCAAAACCCGUUUCUCUGCGGAGCCCCAAUUAAAAACUGUGCACCCGACCCUACAAAGCCCGGAUCCGAAAGCGCGAUUGCGUCACUAUUGAUACCACCAAACAACAACCCAACAACCAGUGUAUCAUCUUCGCCAAGUCCAAUGCCAAAAACACCAACAUCGACAUCAACAAGUAGUAAUAAAAGCCACGAAAAGGGUGCUUCGAAGAUAAGUCCGGUGGUGCUUAUAGCUAUUAUUACGGGUGGCGUUUUGGUUCUAAUUGCAAUAGCGUUUUUGCUUCUGUGUUGCUACUUCUGGAGGAACUAUAAGUUGAAGGGGAGGAAAGGAUCGAAGGUUUUCGAUAGUGAGAAGAUUGUGUGCUCGUCGAGUCCGUUCCCUGAUCAGGGAGGGUUGGAGAGGAAUCGAAUGGUGUUCUUCGAAGGUGAGAAAAGGUAUGAAAUUGAGGACUUGCUGGAAUCCCCUUCGGAAAUGCUUGGGACGGGUUGGUUUGGGACUACGUACAAGGCAGAGCUCGAUGGUGUGAACGUGUUUGCAGUCAAGGGACUCGGUGGCACAUACAUGACAGGGAAGAGAGAGUUCGAACAACACAUGGAAGUGUUGGGAAGGUUGAGACAUCCCAAUGUUGUUAGUUUGAGAGCUUACUAUUUCACGAGCGAGAUAAAGUUGUUGGUCUAUGAUUACGAGUCCAAUCCCAACUUGUUCCAGCGCCUUCACGGAUUGGGACGAAUCCCACUGGACUGGACCAAUAGGCUCAAGAUAGCAGCGGGAGCGGCGCGAGGCGUGGCUUUCAUUCAUAACUCGUGCCAGUCCCUUAGGCUCAUCCACGGUUACAUCAAAUCCACCAACGUCCAACUCGACAAGCAGGGGAAUGCACGCAUGUCUGAUUUUGGGCUCUCCGUGUUCGCGCGCCCAGGCCCAGUGGGUGGCAGAUGCAACGGCUACCUCGCGCCGGAGGCAUCGGAGGAUGGAAAACAGACGCAGGAAUCUGAUGUGUACUCUUUUGGUGUGCUCCUGCUGGAGCUGCUGACAGGGAAGUUCCCCGCCAAGGUGAAGACUGAAGAGGUUGGUUUCGGUGGGUUGCUGGACAUUCCGAUGUGGGUCCGGUCAGUGCCGAGGAAGAGGUGGACCCUUGACGUGUUUGAUUGGGACCUGAUGAGGCAUAAGGAUAUUGAGGAGGAGAUGGUGGGGCUGCUUCAGAUUGCGAUGACGUGUACCGCGGCUGCACCUGAUCAACGGCCCACCAUGACCCACGUCGUCAAGAUGAUCGAGGAGUUGCGUGGGGUCGAGGUGUCGCCGUGUCAUCACUAGUUGGAUUCGGUGUCUGACUCACCUUCCUUGUCUGAAGAUGCGUGUGGAACAACGAGUCAGUGAUUUUAGGACUAUGGUGGUAUUGUAAAUCAGAUUAUUGGGGGGUUCUGUGUUUCUGAUUAUUUUUAAUCUCGUAUUUGUUUGAUGCAAAUCCUUCUUUCUUGAUUUUUUUUUUACUAGUAACAUGUUUUGGCGAAUACAUUGUUGGGUCAGUUCAAUAAUGGUUGAAGUGGGCUAAAAUGAAAAUCGGUUUCAAAAGAGAAAAGCAUGCCUAUUGAGGAUUUGUGGUGUCUUUUUUGACCGUCAAGGAAUAUGUGGAAGAGGCGUCCAAAUAAAAUACACCGUUUUGCUCCUUCUCAUGUGCUUCCAUUGCAUACCUUUUGUGGUCUAAUUUGUCAGUACUACAACUUCUUGUUUCAUCAGCAUCUUUGAUGGUUUUGGAUUGUUAGC